AUGGUCAAAUUAACUGAUGAAAGUAGAGCUUUUCAUUAUGGAGUUUAUUCAAUAGUAUAUAAAAUACCACCAGGAAAAGUUACAACUUAUGAUAAACCUCAAAAUUCCAGACAGGUAGGUUCAUCAUUAAAGCAUUGUGCAAUAAUUAUUCAAGAUUUGAAUCAAGGUUACGAUCCAGUUGAAGAAGAAUACCUACGAAUUGAGAAUUUACCAUGGUGGAGAGUUUUAUCAAGUUCUGGUAAAAUUUCAAUUAGAGAAAACUCAAAUAGUCAAUACGAACAAGCUGAUAGAUUAAGAAACGAAAAUGUUGCUGUUUCUGAUAAUCAUAUUGUUGAUCUAGAUGAAUUUGGUUGGUUUCCUGAUGAUGUGGAUAUAUCGUAA